UGCCUGAGGACUCCCGUCGGCCUUAGCUUGCCGCGUCCUGAACUUUUUUCUCGAGCGACGACACCACAAGCUUCCACGCAAUUCCCAGAGUACAAAUAUGGCUGCGGUCAGUGGGAAGCGGAAGCGUGAAGAGGCGACUGGCAAGCAGAAGCCGGUGAAGAAGGCAGCGCUGUCGCCUCCACCCGCGACCAAAACUUCCGCAGCCAAAUCUCAGAAAAGCAGCAUCGAGAAAGCUCCUGCCGCGAACAAAUCUAAUAGCAGUAAAGAGAAUCAUACGGACGACUUGCACGUCCAAAUCGUCACCGGAUCGUACGAGCGCGUGCUCCACGGGCUCCAGGCGCGCAUACCUCGAACAAGUCUCGGACCUGCGAAGCAAGACGAGAAAGUCACAUUCUCAGACACUUUCCUUUUCGCAGCCCACGCCUCAGCCAUUCGAUGUCUGGCCAUCUCGCCUUCAGAGGAUGCGGAUAAACGACUCUUAGCCACUGGCUCCUCGGACGAGCGCAUUAAUGUUUACAGCUUAUCGACAGCACCUCCGCCACCUGGAGCAAAGCCAAAUUUACCAUCUCUGUCUGGAGUUGCAGCUGCUGAGAACCCUCGCAACAAAAACCUGGGAAGCUUGAUUCACCAUGACCGAGCAAUUACACGCUUGCACUUUCCCAUCAAGUCGAAGCUGUUCAGUGCUGCAGAAGAUUCCACGAUUGCGAUAUCACGGACACGCGACUGGACGAUGCUGGGUUCUAUGAAGGCACCGGUACCUAAACCUCAGGGACGGCCAUCCGGAGACACGGCUGCGCCAGGCGAGAUACCUGCUGGAGUCAACGACUUUGCGAUACAUCCGAGCCAGAAACUUAUGUUGAGCGUAGGCAGGGGCGAGAAGUGUUUGCGGCUGUGGAAUUUGACAACAGGAAAGAAAGCUGGUGUGCUGAACUUUGACAUCGACCUUCUCAAGCAGGUCGGAGAAAGCAAAUUCAGCAGUGGCGAGGGGAGGAGAAUCUUAUGGGACGAGGCAGGCGAAAACUACAUUGUCGGAUUUGAGCGUGGGGCGGCCGUCUUUGGAGUGGACUCAAAACCGAAAGCGAUUAUCAAGCCAGACCGGCCGACGAAGCUGCAUCAGAUGAGAUUUGUGACCACGCAAGGCGGGAGCAAUGUGCUGGCACUGUCCACAGAGGAUGGGAGAAUAUUGCUCUACAACAUCGCUUCUGCAGAAGACUCUGCAGAGGCAAGCAAAUUGCCUCAACUCAAGUGCGUGGCUCAGCUAGGAGGGGAAGCAGCUGGCGUUUCUGGGCGGAUCAAGGACUUCGAAGCACUCAACCUUCCUGGGACGAAUGCGCCCAUUUUGUUCGUUACUGCUGGCAGCGACGGUGCUAUACGUCUAUGGACAGCGAGCGCGGACGAAAUCUCAAGUGAGGCCAAGGGUGCAACGAAGCAAGUUGGACGAUUGGUGGCUACCCACGAGACUGGUGAUCGCAUGACUUGUUUAGGCGCGUUUGUGUUGGACGGGAAAGCGAGUGACGGAGUGGACGAUGCAACAGAAGAUAUGGCGGAUGCUGGCCUGGGUGCUGAUGCUGAGGGCGAUUCGGACGAAGAUAGCGACUAGAUGUAACUUCUCACAGAUCGAAGAGAGGACUAGCUCGGCUUUGAGCAUGACUUUCGCGAUUCCCUGUACCACUUAUGUGUUCAAGACUCUAAUCGUAGC